AGUAAAAGUCUAUUCAUUUAGAUAGGAAGAUGGGGAUUAUCAAUGCUGAGCUGCGUUACUGGGAAUAUGUCAGUGCACAAUAGAGAUUAAACGACAAAUAUGAGAUGGCAUUCAAUGGAAAAGCGGUCGACUCCAAGACCGUGUUUUUCAACCUGCUGCUGUGCCUGAUCAUCUUCUACAGUCUUUUCUAUAUGAUUGGGAGCGUGUGCUUUGGUGCCUUCAGGUUGAAUACAUUUGAUGGACUCAUCCCAUUUGAUUUCAAGAGUGAUCCAGCCGAGUCAAAUGCUAAAUAUUUAGUCAACCUUGUGUCUUUGGAGCUCACAUACUUUUGCAGUGGCCUUUUAUUUGCGGCAGUCGUGAGGAGGCGCGUGUGGGACUAUGCCCUCACAGUCACUCUCCUGCACGUUCUCAUCACUAGCCUCGUAAUGAUGGAGUUUCCCAUGGUGUGGCAGUGGUGGCUUGCUUUAGGUUGUGGGUUGUUUUUGAUGAUCUGCAAUGGACAGCUUAUAGCCUACUUCACCUGCCAAAAUGACCAGACCUAUUCUUCGUUUAGCAUUUAUUAAUAAUUUGAGGAUCAUUUUCAUUUUGUGUUUUUGUUUACAAAAAUCCAAAGCUAAUUUAUUCAGUGUUAUUAUGAAAGACUAGUAGAUGCCAAUCAAGAAAUGUCAGUCUUUAAUUUGUAAGGUUUUUUUUUGGCUUUUUCUGUUGCCAUACACUGAAAUAUUUUUAUCAUGUGUAAUUUUAAUAAGUGUUGAAUAUGAGUGUGUUGAAGAAAAACAAUUUAAGUAAAAAUGUAAACUUUAUUUAUUGUGUCACAUGUUUCAUUAAAUAAGAAAAACAUUG